GGGAUCUUUCUUCUUCUUACAUGUACCCUUCGAACCACAACGUCCAUGUUCAAAAAUUUGCUGGCAAUUAACACUGAGAAAUGUAGUAUGGUAAGGCGAUCUUUUCCCCUUUGACUUCGUUGAAUCAACCAAGAUAGUCGGUAAUCAUACUCUUGAGGCAUUAUAUUCUCCAGGCAUCUCUUCUGUGAUGACAUUGUGAAUAGUUACCCCCGUCUGUGCCAUCAUGAAGCUCCUCACACUGCCUGUGGAGUUACAGCAAAAGAUAAUAGACGAUGUUUAUCCUGGAGACAUAGUCGCUCUGUCAUCCAGCUGUAAGCAAUUCCAUAUUCUCUGCCAUGACCGCCUCAAAGAACACAAAGAGUUAUCGCAGCUUAUCCUUAAGCGGGAACUGACCAUCUUCCCUGCAAAUGUCCGGAGCCCUGCCAGUGAUGAGGCCUUUAUGCUGGGUGCUCCUCGGCUAUUAAUUGGCGUGGCUCAACAUCCUCGCUUAGAGUGGUACCUUGAGGAGCUGGCUUCAAGUAACUCCUUUACGUAUAUGGAAGAAAACAAAGUUCCCCUGAAAUCUGCUUUACAUUUGGUUAUGCAAAGCGUUCGGCAAUCCCCAAUCAUUGAAGAUGGAGAAGUCCAGGAUUGGUUCGAAGCAAUUGCCAAUGGUCGUGGAGGCGCCGCACUAGCUCUGCUUCUUUCCCGGCUGACGCAGCUCCAAGCGAUUCAUCUAGAUAUUAGGAACAAGGAUUCAAUUACUCCAUAUGUAUGGCGGGCUAUUAGCAGGUUGGCAGCAAGAUCACAAAGAGGAUUGCUUGCUCAGGGUCUAUCGGCACUAGAAGACGCGCGACUAGAGUUCAUAUAUGGUAAUGAUCGUGAAGAGAGUGACGACAGCGAUCCUGAAGAUGGCGAUGCCGACAAUACUGAGAAUGAUGAGGAGACUGAGAAUGAUGAGGAGACUGUUAAUAUACUAGCAGCUUUGGUGAGAUUACCAAGUUUUCGAAAUCUGUCGCUCAGGGAUUUCGCUGCCCAUGACUCAGAUAUUGACCGGAAUGACGCCGAUGGUCCAGAUUACUUACUUCCAUCAGCGAAUUCUUAUCUGAGGUCGCUUACCAUCGACCGUGGAAACAUAUCGGGGAGCGUUUUAACUCGAAUUAUCGAGAACUGCACCAGCUUUGAAGAGUUCAAGUACAACGUUUUCCACACAGAAUCGGUGUUUGGCCGGCGUUGGCAAAACGUUCCAGAAGUACAUCCUUUACCGGAUUUCACUAUUGAAUCUAUCUGUGCAAUACUGUUGAAAUAUACCAGGUCGUCUCUGCGACGUCUUCAUAUUGAGAUUAUGGAAUAUGGCGCAAUGUGCGGGUGCCGUCAUGAACCCUGUUUGAAUCCAUAUAAACCCUAUCUGUCGAUCAACCCGUCUGCACCACGAACCACAAACUGGAAAUGGAAUGAAUUCACCGCUCUUGAACGUUUGACGCUCGAUAUUGACCUGUUUAGCAACGCCGAGGAGGGUGGAUGGCUCCCAUUUGCAGAGACUUUGCCGGCCUCAAUCAGAGAAGUCACAAUCCUUGCUUAUCGCUGUCCUCCGAGCACCGACACGAUUGACUUUGAAAACAUGUUUCGCGGAUUCAAACCACAGGCGUAUCCGAACCUCCAGUCUAUCAGCGCGUACCACCGCAACGUGAGAAACUUUUAUAAGCUUGGUCACAACGGGCCCAGCCACAUUCUCUCGAUCUACAGACUGGCUCUCGAAAGAGCGGGUAUAUCUGCCGAUGCAAUGAGAGAAUAUAAACUGGAUAAGGAAUACUUUGUCCAACGACGCACAAGCCGUCAACUUCCUCGGCAUAGGGUCGUUAUGAAUGAGUUCGGAAUGGCGGAUUACAACUUAUAUGCGUUGCCAGUAAAGGACCUGGAGGGGACGGUGGUAUUCGGGGUAUAUCAUUCGGAAGGCUCAAGCGCUGUAAACUGGAGUGAGAUGUACGACGGAAUUGCUGUGGACAAAUCCUGGAAUAGUUGACGCUCUGUGUAGGGGAUGUAUACGACCUAGACAUAACGUGAUUUGUGGACUACAUGCCAAAGGAGACUUGGCCUUCGCCAGCAUCUUGUUUCA